AUGCUUUUCGCAUCUCGGCGCGCCAUCCCUGGCGCUCUUCAUGUCCGAGCCUCACGCCCUAUUAGAGUCCAGCAAGCCGGGCUGCUGUCGACAUCGUCAGUGAAAUCAGCGACAGCACUUGAGCAUCGAUCUCAGUCUGGUCAACCUUUGACCGUCUCUGGUAAGGUACGAAAGGAGGUGCCUUUGCCAAGCCAGGAGAAGAAAGAGGGUGCGAUGCAAUAUGUCCUGACGACGCUUGACCAAGUUGCCAACUGGGCGCGUCAGAGCUCCUUGUGGCCCAUGACUUUCGGUCUCGCCUGUUGCGCCGUUGAAAUGAUGCAUCUUUCGACACCCAGAUACGAUCAAGAUCGCUUAGGAAUCAUUUUCAGAGCCUCACCUCGACAGUCUGAUGUGAUGAUUGUAGCUGGGACUCUAACAAAUAAGAUGGCGCCCGCCUUGAGACAAGUCUAUGAUCAGAUGCCCGAUCCUCGCUGGGUCAUCAGCAUGGGCAGUUGUGCAAAUGGUGGUGGUUACUACCAUUACAGCUAUUCGGUCGUCCGUGGGUGUGACAGGAUCGUCCCAGUCGAUGUUUAUGUCCCUGGAUGUCCUCCUACAUCCGAGGCGUUGAUGUAUGGAAUUUUCCAGUUGCAGAAGAAGAUGAGGCACACAAGAAUCACACGCAUGUGGUACCGACGUUAA